AUGGCUAAACGACAGGCGAUAGAGGCAGUCGAUCGUACAUUCCAAGACAUUAUAGGUGUUAGUCUCCCAUUUGGUGGGAAGAUAAUGGUUAUGGGAGGUGACUUCAGACAGGUGUUGCCGGUUAUUAAACGUGGCACUCGAGCACAGAUUGUAGACUCCAGCGUACGAAUGUCACCUCUUUGGUCUUUGACUAAGAAGAUGCGGUUGACCAUAAAUAUGAGAGCGCUGAAAGAUCCAUGGUUUUCUAAAUUUCUUCUAAGAGUCGGUGAUGGAACUGAAGAACCAAUCGAAGGAAACUAUAUCCGCAUACCUGAUGACAUGACAAUUCAGUGCAACAACAGAGAAAACGCUAUAAAAGAAUUGAUCCAUGCCAUCUUUCCAUCAAUUGAAGAUAAUGUAUAUUCUUCAGAUUAUAUAAUCUCUAGAGCAAUAUUGUCCACUAAAAAUGAGAGUGUUGACGAGAUUAAUAAUCAAAUGAUUGAAAUUUUUCAAGGGGAGGAAAAAAUUUAUUACAGUUUUGAUGAAGCUGAAGACGAUCAGUGCAACUUCUAUCCAGUCGAGUUCUUAAACUCGCUAAAUGUUAGUGGUUUGCCGCCUCAUAAGCUUCGUUUAAAAAUUGGAUGCCCAAUAAUAGUGUUACGUAAUAUCGAUCCAUCACAUGGCCUGUCUAAUGGCACGCGGUUGAUAUGUAAGGGUUUCAUGCGAAAUGUUAUUGAUGCGGAAAUUGCAGUCAGUCAACAUGCCGGAAAAAGAGUUUUUUUUUGCCAAGAAUCCCUCUAA